CCAUCUUUGGCUACACUUACAUAACAGACAAUAAUUCUCUUUCUCCCUCACACAAUGACUCCACUCUAUGAUCUCAACAAAUUUCCAACUGUUGAGCUACAAGAAGAUCAACACCUGCAACUGUUCUUGCCACCUCAUCAUCAUGCUUCUUCUUCCUCCUCCUCCUUAAACCCUACUAAUAAUUUCUUUACCAGUACAAAUUUUCAAGCUCAUAAAGAAUAUUCCACCAAACUAACUGGGGAAUCCUCACACCACCAUGAUCACCAGGUUGAUAACUACAAAUCAGAAUAUCAUAGCAGAUCAAGUACUGAAGAUCAUGUAACCAUUUCUUCAUCUUCAUCAUUUCAAGAAAGUACUGUAAAACAUAAUAAAAUUCAGAAACUAUCCUCGUCGUGUAAAAGAGAGCUGGCUGAAGAUUAUGAUCUCCAUGAAAGUGGCGAUGGAUCGGAGAAAUGGAUUCCCUCUAAAAUGAGGUUGAUGCGAAAAAUGAUGAAUUGCAGCUCAGAAGCUGAUAAUAAUAAUAAUAAGCCGCCGAUGAAAUUUACACUCAAGCUUCAAGAUCUUCAUCAGCAACAUAAUAAUGACAUAAACUCCUCCGCCUCCUGCAGCAACAAUGUAAUUAGGGUAUGCUCCGAUUGCAGCACCACCACCACCCCUCUGUGGAGGAGCGGCCCUCGGGGCCCUAAGUCCCUCUGCAAUGCCUGCGGGAUUCGUCAACGGAAGGCCAGACGUGCAAUGGCCGCCGCUACCGCCGCAGCUGCAGUGGAAAGCGGCACGGUUAUUACCACGGAGGCAUCAUCUUCAAAGACUGUUAAGGUAGUUAAAGAAAAGAAAACAGCACAAUGCAAGAAAAUCUGCAAGGCUCAUGAUCAUGCACCUCAUAAUCAGGUAGGUCAAAAGACAAAGAUUAGCUUGAAGAAUUUUGCAAUAAGUUUAAGCAAGAAUUCUGCUCUUCAACGAGUGUUUCCUCAGGAUGUGGAAGAAGCAGCAAUACUACUUAUGGAAUUAUCUUGUGGUUUUAUUCACAGUUAGACUUUUUAUUUUUUAAUGAGGAGUUUUCUUAAUUGUAAUAGAAAAGAGAAGAGGUAGAUUAUUAGAACCUAAAAGUUUUAAAUUUUAAAAAUAAGUUAUUUAGCACUAGAUUAUAUUAGCGGAAAAUUUUAUGAUAAAAAUAAUUUUUUACA